AUGGAAACCCGUAACAACAAGAAAUCACUCGAACAGUUCCAGCAGGAGACGCAAGAUCAAUUCGCAAAAGUGAACGAUAUGUUUCAGCAGUUAAUGAACGAAUUUCAAACCAUCAAGCAUGACCGGAACGACGGUGGGUCCGGUCCUAGUGGCAAGCUCAUUGUUUCGGGUGAUGCGGCCAAACAAUACCACAAACUUCAGUUUCCUCGUUUCGGCGGUGGGGAUCCAACCGGUUGGUUGUACCAAGCCUCCCAAUACUUUGAAUUUCAGAAUGUUGAGCCGGAGGAGCAGGUUAACUUGGCGUCGAUCCAUCUCGACGGAAUCGCCUUACAGUGGCACCGAUGGGUUACCAAACUCAAAGGGCCGAUGACUUGGGCGGAGUUUUCCCAGGCGUUGCUGGCACGUUUCGGGCCAACGGAUUACGAAAAUCCGGGCGAAGCUCUUUCCCGGCUGAAACAUACAACGACGGUCGCUCAGUAUCAGGAGUCGUUUGAGAAGUUGUCUCACCAGGUGGAUGGGCUCCCUGAAGACUUUUUAAUGUCAAGUUAUAUUGGAGGACUCAAGGAUGAGGUCAGAUUGGAGGUUAAGAUGAAGAAACCUAGGUCUCUUAUUGAUGCGAUGGGGCUAUCCAGAAUGGCAGAAGAAAAAUUGGGCCUUGCCAGAAAACAAGCCCAGCCCACUCGGUUCUCUACCACUUCGUAUGCGGGCCGACUUCCUUCCACUGAUUCAGCCGGUAUACUGGGGCCAGGCCCAACCAACACUUUAGCUUUACCAAGCCCUACACCUACCCGCAGAAUAUCUAACACUGAAGCUAAAGCACGCCGUGAGAAAGGGUUGUGCUACUACUGUGAUGAGAAAUACUCGCCAGGCCAUCGAUGCACCAAGCCUCAGUUCUUUAUGAUUCACGAUGUUGCCGAAGACGAAGGGACCCCUCCGGCCACUGAGUCACCAGCCGCUGAUUACAGCGAAACCCAAGCUGAAGUUUCUUUCCAUGCAAUUACAGGAAAGAUUAAGAAUAAAGAUGUCGUGGUUCUAAUUGAUGGGGGUAGUACACAUAACUUCAUUGACCAGUCGUUGGUUGAUCGUUUUGGCCUCAUUAUUGACCGUGAGGUCACUUUUGAGGUUGUUGUGGGCAACCGAGAAAAGGUGUUAUGUCCGGGUCGAGUUAACGGUCUUUCACUCCUCAUCCAAGGGUUUACAAUUUCAACCGAUUUUUGGGUUUUACCUGUGGCUGCUUGUUCAGUUGUUUUGGGUGUUCAAUGGCUCAAGACUUUGGGUCCGGUGGAAAUUGAUUAUCAGGAACUCACUAUUGGGUUCAGGUUAGCAGGAGCAAGACAUAUCCUACAGGGACUUAAAGCUUCCGAACUACAGGCUGUACCAGAUAAUGAAUUAAUGGGUUUACAGGGGUUGGCAUAUCUAUUACAGAUUGAGCCGUUUGGGGUGACCGAUCCAACCGAACACGUCCCUUGUUUGGCCAUCCGGGAAUUACUGAAGAAGUAUGACCGGGUUUUCCAGGAACCCCGGGGCCUCCCACCAGUUCGAUUCCAAGAUCACCACAUACCGUUGAUGCCUAAUACCCGACCAGUAAGCUCUCGACCUUAUCGCCAGCCUUAUUACCAAAAAUCAGAAAUUGAGAAACAGGUCCGGGAACUGCUACACCAAGGUUUGAUCAGGCCUAGCCAUAGCCCGUUCGCAUCACCGGUGUUGUUAGUCAAAAAGAGCGACGGAACUUGGCGCUUCUGUGUCGAUUAUCGGGCCUUGAAUGAUAUCACCAUCAAAGAUAAGUAUCCAAUACCGAUACGGGUGCAUGAGCAGGAUGUUUGUAAGACAGCUUUCCGGACUCAUGAAGGGCAUUAUGAGUUUGUGGUGAUGCCGUUCGGGCUUACGAACGCGCCGGCAACCUUCCAAAGUUUAAUGAACGACCUCUUCCGGACCCAUCUACGUAAGUUUGUGCUUGUGUUUUUCGAUGAUAUAUUGGUUUAUUCAAGAACCUUGGAUGACCACUUGCAACAUUUGUCUACUGUUCUGGAGAUUUUGGCUAUUAAUAGGCUUUAUGCCAAAUUAACUAAGUGUUGUUUUGGGGUGGCCAAAGUCAAUUAUUUGGGCCAUGUCAUCUCGUCUUCGGGGGUGGCAGUUGACCAGUCCAAAGUCAAAGCAGUGUUAGAUUGGCCGACACCGAAGAAUGCUAAGGGGGUGCGUGGGUUCUUGGGCCUCGCCGGGUAUUAUCGGAAGUUUAUUAAAAAUUUUGGUACUAUGGCAGCACCUCUUCAUAAAUUGGUGGGAAACACACCCUUUUAUUGGGAUGCUGUGACCGAGGAAGCUUUUCAGCAGCUCAAGAAGUCUCUCACAACCACUCCCACUUUAGGAUUGCCGGAUUGGUCUAAAGUUUUUACUGUGGAAUGUGAUGCUAGUGGAGUGGGUAUUGGGGCCAUCCUUACACAGCAAGGUCGUCCGAUUGCGUAUUAUAGUGUUCCACUAGAAGGAUCCAUGUUGGCGUGGUCCACAUAUGAAAAGGAGAUGCUGGCGAUAGUCAAGGCGGUUAGGAAGUGGAGACCGUAUUUGUUGGGCAGACCUUUUGUGGUUAAAACAGAUCACAUCAGCCUUAAAUACCUUUUGGAGCAACGAGUUUCCACUCCGGCUCAGGCCAGGUGGCUGCCGAAACUGAUGGGGUAUGACUUUCGGGUUGAGUAUAAGAAAGGGGUGACUAACAGAGGAGCGGAUGCAUUAUCGAGGCAAGCUGAGUUGAAUUUCUUGGCUGUUUCCCAUGUCACAGCGGCCUGGUGGGCAGAGUUGCAGCAAGAGGUUAAGCAAGAUACUUACUAUCAUGACUUACCGGGAUGUUUUUCUGCAAAAAUUAGUUCUCACUUGGUGCAGCGAGACGGGGUUUGGUUUCGUGGGAACGUAAUUUUGCUGAGUCCAGCCUCAUCUUUUAUUCCCAAAGUCUUGCAACAUUGUCAUGCAUCUAGUGAAGGAGGGCAUUUUGGUUUUCACAAGACUCUAGCUCGGGUAAAGGAAAGUUUUUGGUGGUCCGGGAUCAAAGAAAGGGUGAAAAAGUUUAUCCAAGAGUGUCACAUAUGUCAAAGAUUUAAAACAGAAAGCUGCAGACCUGCUGGGUUGCCGUCCUCUAACGGGUACACUGUCAUCAUGGUAGUGGUAGACCGCCUUUCGAAGUAUGCCCAUUUUGUGCUGAUCCGCCACCCAUUUACUGCCGCUACUAUCGCUAAAGAGUUUAUUUCACAUGUCGUCAAGCUGCAUGGCAUUCCCUCUACAAUAGUGAGUGACCGUGAUAAGGUCUUUAUUAGCUCAUUUUGGCAGGCACUAUUUAAACUGCAGGGAACAGAUUUGUGUUUAAGCUCGAGUUACCAUCCCCAAACGGAUGGGCAAACGGAAGUGGUCAACCGAACCCUUGAACAGUACCUUCGUUGUUUUGCGGGGGAUCGACCAAAAAAGUGGGCUGACUGGCUUCCUUGGGCAGAAUUUAGUUAUAACACAUCAACUCAUUCGGCUACCAAAAUGACCCCUUUUGAAGCUGUGUAUGGCCGUCCUCCACCUCGGGUUCUGACUUACGUUCCAGGCACUUCCAAAGUUCAAGCUGUUGAAGAGUUGUUAAUUGAUCGAGACAAGUUAUUGCGUGACUUACGUUCUAACUUGAUGGUGGCUAGGGAUCGGAUGAAAUCAAAAGCUGAUUUGAAGAGGCGUGAGGUGGAAUUUUCUGUGGGGGACAUGGUGUAUCUUAAGCUUCAGCCGUACCGGCAGACGACGAUGGCGUUUCGUUUAUCAGCCAAGGUGGGUCCUAAGUUCUUUGGGCCAUAUAAAGUUAUUGAACGGGUGGGGCCUGUUGCGUAUCGGUUAGAGCUUCCUCCUGACGCCCUUAUUCAUAACGUGUUCCAUGUCAGCUUAUUAAAGAGGUGUCAAGGUGAUCCUCCUACUCCGGUUUCAUCCGAAGUUGUUUCAAAGGAUUUACCACCAACGGGUCCACAACCAGAAGCUGUUUUAGAGGAAAGGGUGGUGAAGAAAGGUAAGUAUAGGCCCAAGACAGAAGUUUUAGUUCAAUGGAAAGGGUUCCCUCGCGAAGAAGCUACUUGGGAGACUAAGUGGCGUUUUCAGAAGGCGUAUUCUGAUUUUCACCUUGAGGACAAGUUUAUGUUUAGCUUGAACUACAAUCAGAAAAUGUGCUUGUAUACCUUCUCAAUCUCCGUGCCGGCAGCUUUGCAGUUAGCUGCAUUAUCUGUGAGAACUUGUAGCAUGUUACUUGGUCCUAUUGUCUCAAUGGCUCCGAGUAAAAAAUUGUGGAGGAGGUGGUGGUUGGAUGGUGAAGACAACGGUGGCGGUGGUGAAGACAGUCGUGGUUGCAGGGGAGGAGAUGAAACGGUGGUGGUUGCAUAUGGUGGUGUUGGUGAAGACGGUGGUGGUGGCGUCAUAAGUAACUGGCUAUUAAUUUCUUGUGGCACAAUGUGGAAGUUUUUGUUUUUGGUGAUGAUGGUCCUUACAAGAACGAGGUCUGAAGAAGAUUCUAGAGGACCUACAAAUCAGUCGGUGGCCAUUGGAAGUGCAUCUGAUAUGGUACCGCGCUCGACCCGUAGACGCAAGCGUAACGCCACUACAACUACUGAUUCAAAUCAACCCCAGGUUGAUCCACCAAAAAGGCGUGGUCCAAAUCUCAAUCUUAGCGCUACAAAAUACUUUGAGAAUUUGCAUGAGGGUUCCAAAAUUUCUUUAACAAUGGCUGGCGGUACAAAAGGAUUUGUUGGGCGUACAGCUACUCAGUUUGCAAAUGAGUGUGGGAUUGUAAUAUGUAGUGUAUGUCCAAUGAACUUUCACAAAUGGGAGUCCGCACCUGCUGAUAUAAAAAAUCUGAUGUAUGAAAAGUUACAAGGAAAAUUCAAUUUGUUGCGAACAGAUAGAGUUUUCAUGGGACAUGUGGAUUUCCGACAUCAACAAUGGAAACGUACCAGAGGUGAGUUGAGUGCCCACUAG